AUGGCCAGCACCAUCGACAUUCCAACCAUCAAGCUUCGCAAUGGCACCGAGAUUCCAACUCUCGGGUAUGGAACGGGUACAGCAUGGUACAAGAAAUCUGGAGAUAUAGAGCUCGAUCGCAACCUGAUUGACAGCGCCAAGAAUGCUAUCAAGCUGGGUUAUAAUCAUCUCGAUGGCGCAGAGGUGUAUGGAACUGAGCCGGAACUAGGUGUGGCUAUUGAAGAGAGUCAAUCCCCUCGCGAGAGCCUUUUUGUGACAACUAAGGUCUAUCCCAAUCUCGCGGAUAUCCCUGCUGCCCUGGAUGCCAGCUUGAAAAAGUUGCGUCUCGAUUAUGUUGAUUUUACUAACUCUCUUCUUUUCUUCUUCUUGAAAUACAGAUACCUGAUCCAUGCCCCUUUCACUAUCACGACCGAGAAAGAGCUGCAGACAGCCUGGGCGGCCAUGGAACAAGUGCAGGCGACCGGAAAAGCCCGUGUCAUCGGGGUUUCCAAUUUCCUACAGAGCCACCUGGAGACUAUUUUGAAAACGGCCAAGGUCGUCCCUGAAGUGAACCAGAUUGAAUUUCAUCCGUAUCUCCAACAUGGAAACUUAGUCCCGUGGCAAGAGAGCCAAGGGAUCCGAACAGUUGGGUAUGGUGGGCUUGCACCAAUUACUCGAGCCCAUGGAGGCCCACUGGACUCGCUUAUCUCUGGUCUGGCUUUUAAAUAUGGAGUUAGUGAAUCGGAGAUCUUGUUACGCUGGACGUUGGAUCGUGGGUGUGUGGCAAUCACCACUAGCAGCAAGGAAUCUCGCUUGGCCAGUUACUUGCGUACCUUGGCAUUCACCCUCAACCCCCAAGAGGUGGCCGAAAUCUCUGAAUUGGGUCAACAGAAUCAUCAUCGAUCGUUUUGGCGGGAGAAAUUCUCCGCUGAUGAUCGCUCAUGA